UUGAUCCGCAUCACGUUGCCGCCUGGACGCGCCUGUCAUCUGGAGGAAACUCCUCCCCGCAGACAGCGCGUCCUGUCGUCUCUCCAGCGCAAUGGUCUCCUGGAUCAUCUCUAGACUUGUGGUACUCGUCUUCGGGACACUAUACCCGGCUUACUCCUCCUAUAAAGCUGUGAAGUCAAAAGAUGUGAAAGAAUAUGUGAAAUGGAUGAUGUACUGGAUAAUAUUUGCCCUCUUCACUGCUGUGGAGGUGUUUACAGACAUGUUUCUUUGUUGGAUUCCUUUCUACUAUGAACUGAAGAUAGCCUUUGUGGUGUGGCUGCUGUCCCCUUACACUAAAGGCUCCAGUGUGCUAUACAGGAAGUUUGUUCAUCCCACGCUCUCCUCAAAAGAAAAGGACAUUGAUGAGUAUAUCUGCCAAGCAAAGGACAAAAGCUAUGACACACUGGUGCAUUUUGGGAGAAAGGGGCUGAAUGUUGCUGCCACAGCAGCAGUUCUGGCUGCAACAAAGAGCCAAGGGGUCCUGUCAGACAGACUGAGGAGUUUCAGCAUGCAGGAUCUGUCUUCCUAUCAGUCUGACCCCGUUAACACCGGCCCUGGUACCACGCAGCCUGCAGCAGCACAGCAAAGGACCAGGACUGUGACACGCAGCAAGUCGGAGAGCUGCAACAAGGGACAGGAUUUUGACAUGACUGAGUAUGAGAUGUUGGGUUUGGACCAUUGGGACUCCAAGGGGUUGCUGUCCCAGACCAUUUCCCCUUCUGAGUCUGAAUCCACCACUAUUACGCCCUCACUGACACCCCAGUCCUCCCCACCUUCCACACCCUCUCCAACCCCCUCUCCUCCAGCUCCGGAGCAGCCUGAGGAGGUGGGGAAAGGAGUGCAGGCAGCAUCAAGCUCUCCCCAGCUCAGGCUGUCUAAGAGGAAGGCUCCUGAGCCUCCUCUUAGAGUCUUAAGGCCUCUCACAAGAUCCAGGAGUGCUCUUUCUUCGAACAAUGAAGCCAUGUGAAACUGUCCUAAAGACUCCAGCUGCCUUUGCUGCAAGAAGUAAAAAUACAUAAUGGCCAAAAGCUACAUGACUAAAGCAGCCUUGCUUUGGAAUAAGGUAUUACCAAAGUGACCUAUAAUGACCCCUCUAUAUCUAGUAUAUGGCUCAUGAUUUAAAAAGAAUGACGUUUGUGACAUUGCGAUAGUUCAAAUGAAUGAAUGGGCUCCAUGCUGAUAGACAUUUUGAGUUUGUGGGUUAUUUUAUAUGUAUUUAUGUAAAGUUUGUGUGUACUUCAUCUUUCUGAUUUGAUUGUUUUUAUAUUUCAGGUUUGGGUAGACAAUUGCAUGUGUGUCUUCCCAGUUAUUAGUACGCUGUUUAUUUAAAAGAAUGUACUGUCACUGAAAAAUUAGCAGGCAUUAAGAGUGACAUCACUCUUAGAGAAUGUGUUAAAAGCCAAUGAUCAAAAGAAAAGGCUGUUUUUACCCCAUUCAAUAUCAAGAAACAUCUGUGACCAGCUGACUUCUGCACUGAUUAAUUAUUUCAUUAAGGUAUCCAGGAAUCAUCCAAAAACCUAUUCCGAGAUGAGACAACCUACCUUUGUAAUAAUGAAAAGUCAGUCGGCAGUGGCAGACAAUAUUCUGUCAUUUACCUCUCUAUUAAAGCCUUAAAGAAAGACAUCAAAAUACAAAAUGUCUCCACACAUGAUAUAAGUAUUUCUAACACAACUAUGUUCACAUUAAACAAUCAUUUUGCACUAUGUUUAGAAUAUAAAAUUACUGCCCUCAAUACUCUGAAAUGGCCAAAAAUUACAACAAAAUAGUGGCUGAAAAUCAUCACAAAUAAGUUUAUCACUAUGCUUAUUUCUUCUGUGUUAAAUAAAUAAUUACUUUGUAACAAGUAAUAGCAUUUGCCUCACCGAUAAAAUGAAAUCACUACUCCAAGAGGUUUCCUCGGUAAAGCAGACCGUUUUAGACAAUCUACUAUUCAGUUUGUCUGCACAUUUUGUCAUUUGAUUGACAAUUUGUUUGGCCAUUUAAGGCCAAUUAGGAAUAAGUCACUCUCAGCUGUAGCAGAAAUAUGAUAUAACAUGAGUAUUUAUUUACUGUAUAUUAACAUGGUUCUUUUCCAUGUUUGAAAUCACUGUGUAGUGUUCUGCUGUUAACUGAGCAACACUAAACCCAAUAAUCUUACCUUCUACAUUGCUUAUUUUUUAGGACUGACUUUAUUUCUUUGCAGGUUAACAAACUUGCAUUUAGGUUAAUAUCACAGUGAUAUACUUUGUUUUCAUAAUGUACUUAAUUCACUGAGCCUGAAUCAUAGCAACAUUUAACACAAAGUAUCAGUGUGUUGGACGUCUGCUUCAGAUUCAUAGUUUUCAUCAUCAUAUCUGUAUCUUUAGGGUGGUUUGAAGUUUGAAACAAAAGCUUCUCAGGUACAACUGCUCUGUUUACACGUCAUUCACUCUGAUGUUGUAGAUACACUUGUUAUGCACACAAAAUGUCCUAUUAAUGGAUAAAUGGUGAAAAAAAAAUAAAAAGGAAAAAUCAGAUUAUGUGCUUCAAUGUGAGUUGUAUAAGUGUUAGUGCUGCAGGUGAUUUCCUUCUAUUAAAAUCCUUGCAAAGUAAACCAGAGGGAAAAAAACAAAACAUGCUAAGUAGCAGAUUUGUAUACUUGUGCGUGGAGUGAUAAACUCAUCAUUGCAUGAUGUUUGGUAUUAAUUUGUAUGAACAUUUGAUUUCUUAAAUGAUUUUGUUAAGAUGCCUUGCUGGUAAACAAUAUUUUUUUGUCAUUUUUGGUUGCUUUGUAGAAAGAAUAUGA